GCCGCAGGCUUCCCAUCGGAUUCUGCACCCGGAAACUCAGGUGUGCGCGGAGGCCCCGAAGUCCUCCGCAGGUUGGUGAGCGUGCGCUGUCGUGCGCUGGCCCCGGGCGAGUAGAACUGCCAGCUCUGCCUUCAAAGUACACCCACUCCCACGGCGGGCACCAUGGUCCAAGCCAUCCCCAUGUCUGUCUGGAUGAUCGCCUUGACACCUUUUGUUGAAGCCUCUGUUCCUCCCGUGUGGACCUCUCCAUUGAGCUGCGUGAGUGUCCUCACUACAUGACAGCUGACGUCCUUCAGAAACAGGAUCUCUUCAUAUGGCCAAGAAGAUGGCCAUCUGCAGCCCAGCUUCACAUCCUUCCAGUUCAGAAACCCCAAUGAAGAGUUUCUUUCCCCACAACCCACAUAUUCAUACCAUAUACUUCUGUUAUAUGAAGUUGAACAUGGAGGAAGAAGAGGACUAUAUGUCUGAUUCCUUCAUUAAUGUCCAAGAAGAUAUCAGACCAGGAUUGCCAAUGCUGAGGCAAGUUCGAGAAGCCCGUCGAAAAGAAGAAAAGCAACAAGAAGCUAAUUUGAAAAAUAGGCAGAAGAGUUUAAAAGAAGAAGAACAAGAAAGACGUGACAUUGGGUUGAAGAAUGCACUAGGCUGUGAAAACAAAGGGUUUGCUUUGCUCCAGAAGAUGGGAUAUAAAAGUGGUCAGGCCCUUGGCAAGAGUGGAGAUGGUAUUGUUGAACCAAUUCCUCUCCAUGUCAAAACAGGAAAAAGUGGCAUUGGUCAUGAGACUUUAAUAAAACGGAAAGCAGAGGAAAAAUUAGAAAGCUACAGAAGAAAGAUUCACAUGAAAAACAAAGCUGAAGAAAACGCUGCAGAGCAGUUCCGAAUGCGACUUAAAAGUAAGCAAGAUGAAAUGAAGCUGGAAGGAGAUCUUAGAAGAAGCCAGCGAGCUUGUCAACAAUUGGAUACUCAGAAGAAUAUACAGGUUCCCAGGGAGGCCUGGUACUGGCUGAGGCUCGAAGAGGAGACUGAAGAAGAGGAAGAGGAAGAAAACGAACAAGAUGAAGAUGAAUAUGAGAGUGACGAUUUAAGUGUACUGGACAAAUUACAGAUAUUGACGAGUUAUUUAAGAGAAGAACAUCUGUAUUGUAUUUGGUGUGGAACAGCCUAUGAAGAUAAAGAAGACCUGUCUUCAAAUUGCCCAGGACCAACUUCUGCAGAUCAUGACUAAGAUUCUCAAUAAAGUAGAAACUUGGAAAA